UGUCAUGCGCUUUAUUUUGAAGGCUGACUUUGCGGUUUGAACAGGAUAUGACAUCACUUCUAUCAGUUAUGUGCAGUAGCAAGCAGAAGAGCAGAGAAUUCUCUGAUGGCUGACGUGUUUCUGUGAUUUUUGAGUUCAUGAAAGGCAUUCCCUUUUCACACCUGCCAUAUAAAGAACAGUCUAAACCCAUCCUGGCGUCGGUGACUUAUUUUGUGGAGGUGUUUAACUCCUGGAUAGUAGAGCUGGGUUCUACGAGGCCAGUACAGUGAAAAGGGAGACCCUGUGUCGAGCUCCUCACCCCUACGCCGUCAGCACGUCACUUCAGCACAAGAUGGAGAAUGAAAGAGUUGCUGAACACAUCGUGGUUCAGAGGUCCAGCCUUCCUUCAGCAUUCGGAUAACCAGCCAGAGCAACAUGGAUUUGAACUUCUCGAUCCAGACAACGAUGUAGAAGUACGCCCAGAGGUAAAGAUACUUUGCACUAACGUUUCUAAGGGCACCCUUGGCACAAUGCGUUGGAAGCGGUUUUCCACUUGGCGCUCAUUAAAUAAAACCAUGUCACGCCUCAUCCAUGUUGCACAAUGCUACUCUCAGACAAAAACAGACCCAAACUGCACAGGGUGGCACAUGUGUAGAACAGCCAUCACCCCAGAACUGUUAGAACAAGCAGAGACUCUAAUCAUCAGAAAUGUGCAGUCCGAAGCAUAUGCAGAGGAAAUGCGAUGCAUCAAUACAAGGCAGAACCUUCCUACAAACAGCCCACUCACUAAGCUUAACCCCUUCAUUGGAGAAGACAAGUUGUUGAGAGUUGGUGGUCGCAUUAGUCGUGCAGGGCUGGGAGUAAAAGAAACAAAUCCCAUAAUUCUACCAGGAAGUAACUAUAUCACAACCCUGAUUGUGGAACACUACCAUGAAAAGGUAAACCAUCAGGGAAGGCAUUUUACAGAGGGUGCGGUCCGAGAAAAUGGCCUGUGGAUUGUAGGAGUGAAGGGAUGCAUUGGAAAAGUCAUAAGCAAAUGUGUGACUUGUAAAAAACUGAGAGGGAAGAUGGAAGAGCAACUUAUGAGCGAGUUACCUCUGGACAGACUCCAAGUGGCUCCUCCAUUUUCAUAUGUGGGUAUGGACAUGUUUGGCCCAUGGGAGGUCACUUCAAGACGUACAAGAGGAGGACAAGCAAACAGUAAACGCUGGGCAGUACUAUUCACAUGUUUGUGCACAAGGGCAGUCCACAUUGAAGUUGUGGAGGAGAUGAGCUCAUCAAGUUUCAUCAAUGCAUUGAGGCGCUUCUUUGCUCUGCGUGGUCCUGCAAAACAGCUGCGCUCAGAUUGUGGCACAAACUUCAUCGGAACCUACAAGGAGAUGUCCACAAAAACACAAGAAACGGUCAAAGUACAAAGGUUUCUGCAGGAUCAGAAGUGUACCUGGAUCUUCAACCCUCCUCAUUCUUCACACAUGGGGGGAAAGUCACAGCCAUAA